AUGCCAGAUCCCCGCCGUAGGAUCAACAGAGCUAGGCAAGGAAACCCUGCCUCUAGCCAGACAACCAACAAUCAGCCUCAGCAGAAUCAGCGUGAAGAGAUUAGUCGCUUUAGCCCGUACUCCUCGGGCCCAGAAUCCAACAAUCAACCUGGACAUUGUCGGCAUGAAGAGAUUAGUCGCUUUAGCCCGUACUCGUCGAGCCCAGAUUCUGACAAUCAGUCUGGGCAUAAUCAGCCUCAACUGAUGAGUGCCUUUAGCAUGGACUCCUCGAUCCAGGCAGCAAGCACUACUAAAGACUCUACAUAUGAACAAAGAGUUGAUAACGUUGCUACCACUCACGAUCCUGCUGAAAGCAAUACAACGGGCGAUACUACGGUUCCCGAACACGUCAAAAGGGACAGAGAGCUAACAUUACAAGCCUUGACGGGUAGGGCACUACCUACGGCAGCAUCAGAAAGGACAGGAGAGAAUUUCAGCGCAGGGGUAGCCCAGAAUCCCCAAGCAGCCCAAAUCGUGAGCAAAAGUGGUCAUGACGCUCUUGCACGACGCCAUAGGGGAAAUUAG